GUAGUUGAAAAUGAAGAAGGCUUACCACCUACAUUACUGGGUAGCUGCAAUGACCGCACAAAGCAGCUUCACGCUUCACCAUCAGGGAGGCUAUUAACUGCACUAAUGUGUGAGUACUUUGACCGGGCACAACUAAAUCACACGCUCAAAGUAUAUCUACCUGAGUGCAACUUGCAAAAGGAUUCAUGGAAAGCAGAAUUGAAAGAAUUCAGUAGCAAUAAUGGGUACGAUCUCAACAGGAAUGGAGAUAGUGGUCCUUUGCUUCUCGAUGUACUCUAAGGAUUCUUGAAGUAUGAGAAUCUAACUCAAGGCAGGGGAUCUGGAAGGAGAGGAUCAGAAAAUGAGUCCUUAUCUAACUUAGACUCGAGGAACAUGCGGAGGCCCUCUUCAUCAUCUGUUGCUGGUGGUUUACCUCCUUUAGGAAGGCCGGGUGCAUCAUCGUCAUCUG